CAAAGUUACAAACACUCUCGUACGUAUAAAUAGAACAAUUUUAUGUUAGAAGACGAAAUUGUUUUAAGUUUUAUGAAAAUUAGUAAUUUCUUCGGAUAUAUAAAUAUAACCUCGACCGCCGACUCCCAAGGUUAUUAUUAGAAGCUUUGCUAUCAAUGAAAAAUUUGGCGAUUGUGUGAAUGAAAGUUUUCGUGGUCGAUAUAUCGCGAAUGUGAAUUGUUUAGAAGACAGUGUUAAUUGUGGUUUUGGUUUCGAGUAUAGUACUGUGUAUGUUUGUUUUACUGACAACUGACAAAUAGGUCAACAAAUUUCUUGUGUUCGUUUAAAAAGAAAAAUUGAAUAAAUGGUGGUCUCUUAAUUAAGGUGUCAGUUGGCAGGCUUAACAAAAAGAGAAGAAAUGGAUAAUCUUAUAGCUCAGCAACGUAAUCGUAUGCAAACAACCAGUACAUCAAAUGGUGCAAGUGUAGCUGGUGUUGGGCCAAAUUCCAAUAACAGUGAACAGCAACCCGUUAACUUUUUGAAUACUCAAUUGCCUCAAUUUCCAACAAGUCAAGUUGAUCGCGCCGCAUUAACAAAUUCAUCGUUAGCCAAUCUAUUAGAUGGUCUGACGUCUCGUGUUGCUGGUGAAAGAAAUCAAAAUGUUGGCACAGCUUCCAGCUGUUCUUCCAAUGACAUAACAACUGACACUUCUGAGAAGAUUGUUGGCUCUUCUUUGUCAACUACGGGUAUUGUGGCGAAUACAAGUGUUGCAGCCAGUUCUAUAGCUAGUCUAACGAGCAUCGGUUCUACUGCCAAUGCUUUUUACUCAUCAAUUGGCCUAGCUCUUAAUUCACUCACUUCCCCAAUAACAGCAGCUGCUGCAGCGGCUACAGCAACCACUGCUGAGGCUGCUGCCGUCGUAGUGGCAACAAUUUCUAAUCAUUUAAGCUCACCAACAACUACCACGCCGCCACAUGAUGAUGUCGAUGACGAUGACGAUGACGAUUGUGAUGAUAAUGAGGAUGACGAAGACGACGAGAACGGUCGAAUGCCAGCACCCACGCCUAAAAAGUCCUGGUCUGAAAUCAAAAAGACCGUGAACGAAAUACGUAAACAAUUGUCUGGUCUAUCUAGCAUGGUUCCAACAAAUAUACAGUUUCGCAAUCUCUCUGAUGGGCGGGUGCGCUGUUACUUUUUAAGCACACCCCCAAAUGCCUGGGAAACAACUUUAUUGUACACCGAUAUCGGUCUUGAGGAUAGAAAUGAAACGUUAAUUUACCAAGAUUCGAAUGAUGCAAACUUAUCAACUCAGUCGCAGUCUUCAUCAUCUAACCAGCCUACGGAAUAUCAACUAGGAAUUUCCCAAAGUAACCAACAGAAAAGACUUCAAUGGAACAUAGUAUUACAACAACCGAUAUCUAAUGUAGCAGUUGCAUCCGGCAGUGGGAGUAUAAACGUUUGGUCGCGCGAGUUUCAGCUACUACAGGAACGCAAAAGACUUUCAACUUGGGGUAUUACCUCCUAUGAAUUGCACAAGCCAAGCGGUAAAAUUGUUUUUCCAUGUUUUAAUGAUUUAUAUCAAUGCCUGGACACUGGGUAUAAUGCUAGCCCACUUUUCCCCAUACAAUUACGCACAUGUCCUCAAUGGGCCGCCUUAGAUCCUCAGAUAUGCCCACAAAAUUCGGAUUUAAUAGCAUAUAUAAGCGGUUGUGACAUUUGGGUGACGCACACACUAAGCGGUCACGAAGAACGCCUGACAUUUGCUCACGACGGGCGACGUUCAUUUACCGAUGAUCCCCUUAGCGCUGGCGUGCCAUCGUACGUAAUGCAAGAGGAAUUUAGUCGAUACCAAGGCUACUGGUGGCAACCUCAUUCUGAUGAUGGCAUCUACCGCAUUGUUUAUGAGGAGGUGGAUGAGUCGGAUGUGUGCCUAUAUACAUUUCCAUCUGCCCACGCUUUGCCAGGAGAAAUGGAGGAGUAUCGUUUUCCACGCACAGGUACAGCCAACGCAAAAUCGAAGCUGAAAAUCGUGCAAUUUGUGCUAAAUGAAUCCCUGCAAAUUAUUGAUGUCUGCGUCAAAGAUUUACCAUAUUCUCUUACUGUGGUACUUCCCUGGUUAGAAUAUAUUGUUCGGGUAGGUUGGACACCUGACUCAAAAUAUGUUUGGAUACAAGCCAUGGAUCGUAAGCAGCAGCGCUUAGAUUUGCUAUUGAUACCAGUCGACAAUUUUUGCGAAACUUACAGCAGCUCAACUUCAUCCCCUUCAGGUUCUACGGAACACAGUUGGAAAAGUCCCUAUUGCAAGACUCUAUCACCGAUUCAGGUCUUAUAUACGCAAUUAUCAGACACCUGGAUUAAUGUACAUGAUCUGUUGUAUUUCUUGGAAAUAAACGAUGGCUCAGUCACAUUUUUGUGGGCAUCUGAGGAGACGGGUUUUCGGCAUUUGUAUUUGGUUACAGCGUGUCUUGGUUUAAAACCAAUAAACGGCUGUCGAGAAGCAACCAGCAGUAGUACUAUAGAAAGCAGUCAACGUUCGCCGUUUCUCGCUAGCAAUAAUAAUUGCGGUGGUCAUAUGGAUUUUAUGGAUCAUACAACAUUACGACCUCGCCUAGUUAAUAAAGUGGCUCUUACGUCUGGAGAGUGGGAAGUUCUUGGGCGGAAUGUAUGGGUAAAUAAAGAACAACAACUCGUGUAUUUUCUAGGCCUUCGAGAAACACCCCUGGAAAAGCACUUAUACGUAGUCAAUUUGCAACGGCCUGAACAUAUACGGCAAUUGACGGAGCCAGGUUAUUCAUACCUUGUUGAGUUCGAUGAUUCGUGUCAAUUAAUGUUGCAAGUUUAUUGCAAUAUACAGCGUUUACCUUCUUGCAAGGUUUUGCGGGUUUCUCAAACUUGUCAGAACGGAGGAGUUAAUGGUAUUAAGCUGACCUUAAUGGGCUAUUUGCAUGAAGGCGGCAAACCAGAACCACAAUAUUGUCCACAGAUCUAUUCACCGCAACUGCCAAUGGGAGAGACUGUAUACGCAAUGGUCUUUAAACCGCACAAUUUUCAAUUGGGAGUAAAAUAUCCGACAGUGCUGAACGUUUAUGGAGGGCCGGAAGUGCAAACAGUAAACAAUACCUUCAAGGGCAAACAUCAAUUACGCAUGCAUAUGUUAGCUGCUCAAGGUUAUUGUGUAAUAUGUAUAGAUUCGCGUGGAUCUCGGCAUAGAGGCACCAAAUUCGAAGGACACAUACGUUGUCGAAUGGGCCAAGUUGAACUAAGCGACCAGGUCGAUGCUCUACGUAUUUUAGCCGUGCAAUUGGGUUACAUAGACAUGAAUCGAGUUGCCAUUCAUGGAUGGUCUUAUGGUGGUUAUUUGAGCCUCAUGGGUCUGGUGCGAUAUCCCAACAUAUUCAAGGUUGCCAUAGCAGGGGCUCCGGUCACUAAUUGGGAAUACUAUGAUACCGGUUAUACGGAGCGGUACAUGGACUUGCCGCAAAACAAUAAACAUGGUUACACAGCGGGGUCUGUACUAAACUACAUUCAUUUGUUUCCGGAUGAUGAUAAUCGUUUGUUGCUUAUUCAUGGGUUAGUCGAUGAAAAUGUACAUUUUUAUCACACAUCCCAGCUAAUAAACGCUCUGAAUAAAGCAAAUAAACCAUAUACGCUGCAUAUAUUUCCGGAUGAACGCCAUUCACUGCGAAAUCUCGAAUCGAAUAAAAAUUAUGAAACGAAAUUGUUAUCAUUUUUGCAAAACUUAUGAAUGAAUGCUUGCUGCUUAGA